GGUUAGCUUAGUUGUUAGAGCAGUCGCCCGGAUUGCGAAAAAACAUCUCAGAGUUUAAGGGACAAAGUGAUACUUUAAAGCAUUUUUCAUUAAGAAUAUAAUUAACAUUAUUAAUUCGGUAAAUUAUAUAUCUUUGUUGAUUUGUCUUCUAUACUAAUUUUAUAAAAAGAAAUGAUUUGAUUGUUUGUUUGAAUCAAAUAGGCUUCGAAACUACUGGACCGAUUUAAAAUUCUUUCACCUACGAGAAGCCACAUCAUACGCGGAUACAUAAGCUACAAUUAACGCAGGCAAAAUCACCGGAAUUUUAUAAAAAACAUCUGGUAAUUUAUAAAAUUGUUACAGUUACCCGGAUUAGUUAUAGGAUCUUCAGGCGAUCUAUCAUCGUUGGACAAAAUGAGGUUACGUUAUAUAUUUGGACAUGAAUGCAAUAAAAGAAGAGUUGGCGAUUUACUUGAUACGUGUAAAAUAGUUAUGCGUGAGAAUACAAAUGACAAUCUUAAAGAUACUAAUCCUGACAUCUCAAAUGACCCUAACGAGCAAGAUCCUAAAGACGAUGGAGGCAACGAUGAAAAUAAUGACAAAAAUAAUGAAAAUAAUUAUAAAGAUAAUGACAAUAAUGAUAAAAAUUACGAUAAUAACGAUAAGGGUAGUGAAAAUAAUGAUGGUGAUGGCGAAAACAACGGAAAUAUUGAUAAAGAUGAGAAUAAUAAUGAUGACAAUGAUGAUAAUAAUGACAAAGGUAAUGAAAAUAAUGAUGGUGAUGACGAAAACAACGGAAACAUUGAUAAAGAUGACGAAAAUAAUGUCAAUAUCCAAAAUGAUAAUAGAGGUACAGAAGCUGAGACACUUCAUGCAAAGCAGGAUGACCAUGAGGCAGAUCUCAAUAAUGAAAAUGAUGAAAAUAACAUAACAUAUAGAAAACGCCGACGCUUUAGAAAUGGCAAAUACAGAAUAGUAUAA